UCCACUUCUCCCAGGUGGGCGGAGUGGCCUCCUGUGGACGAAUCAGAUUGCUCCUCCGCCCCAUCUUCAGGAGGCGAGCCCGGGGCUUGGGGUCCCAGACGUGCCGCCGCCGCCGCCACAGCAGCAUCUGCAGCAGCAGCAGCAGCAGCAGCAGCAGCAGCAGGACGACUAGGAAAGACCCCAGGCCAGAACCAUGGAGGACCAGCGCGACCUCAUCUCCAACCAUGAGCAGCUGCCCAUGCUGGGCCAGCGCCACGGGGCCCCCGAGAGCAAGUGCAGCCGUGGAGCCCUGUACACAGGCUUUUCUGUCCUCGUGGCUCUGCUCCUGGCUGGCCAGGCCACCACCGCCUACUUCCUGUACCAGCAGCAGGGCCGGCUGGACAAGCUGACGGUCACCUCCCAGAACUUGCAGCUGGAGAACCUGCGGAUGAAGCUUCCCAAGCCCUCCAAGCCUUUGAGCAAGAUGCGGGUGUCCGCCCCCAUGCUGAUGCAGGCCCUGCCCAUGGAAGGCCCGGAGCCUAUGCGCAAUGCCACCAAGUACGGCAACAUGACCCAGGACCACGUGAUGCACCUGCUCCUGAAGUCUGAUCCCCUGGGGGUGUACCCGAAGCUGAAGGGGAGCCUCCCAGAAAACCUGAAGCACCUCAAGAACACCAUGGACGGUGUGAACUGGAAGCUCUUUGAGAACUGGCUGCGUCAGUGGCUCUUGUUUGAAAUGAGCAAGAACUCGCUGGAGGAGACACCCUUUGAGGUUCCGCCAAAAGCACUGACCAAGUGCCAGGAAGAGGUCAGCCGUGUCCCCGCCGUCCACCCGGGCGUGUUCAGGCCCAAGUGCGACGAGGACGGCAACUACGUGCCGCUCCAGUGCUACGGGAGCAUUGGCUUCUGCUGGUGCGUCUUCCCCAACGGCACCGAGGUCCCGCACACCAGGAGCCGCGGGCGCCACAGCUGCAGCGACCCACUGGAGACGGAGGACCUGUCGUCCGGGCUGGGCGUGACCAAGCAGGAUCUCGGCCAAGUCAUCCUGUAAGACCAGCAGACGCCAGCCCCCAGCCCUGCGUGGCCACAGCUUGCCUGCCCCCCGCCCUCCCUGCCGCCCCCACCUGCACCUCGUCCCAUGGGCCUCUGGCACCUGGCUCGCCGUCCUCCCUGGACACCUCACGUCUCUUCAGAAGGCCAAGGAUGAACGACACAGGGAGGCCCUGCUGCCCACAGCUCCAUCCGCUAGCAGGGACACAGGGCCCCGGGGACAGCCCGUGAGCGGGGCUGCUGCCACUCGUGACACCUUGAGCUCCAACGUGGCGGCUGCCCAUGGACGAGGCGGGCAGGUGCCUGGAGAUGGGCCCGCUCAAUCCCAAACCCCCACAAGGACAGCUCUGCUGUCUCCUCCCCUGGCGGCCUCAGCUUCGCUGCCCGUUAACCUGGGGAGACGGGCCAAGCCUUUAAGUGUCCCCAGCAUCAGCCACCCACGGCCCCUGCUCACCCCCUGCCCGCUCCACAUCCCUGUGCGCAGCCAGGCUCGGCUCAGCCCCCAGCCACGGCUUCUGUGAGAAUAAAAGGUAGUGAGUAGGACA